AUGGAAUCCACAAUCUGUUCUAUUCAAGUUCAUGUUCGUCGAACAGGUGAAAUGGUUAAUAUUAAUGUGAUCCCAUCAACAACUACGUACGAUGCAAUCAUUAGAAAAGUUUGUGAAAGAAUCAAUGAACCAGAACCAAGUCAUUAUUAUUUAGCAUUAAACUAUGAAGUUGAAUUAAAAAAUGAUAAUAUAUUUCAGUCACAACAGCAAGAUGGGCGAUAUCAGCUAAUUAUGCGGACAAGAUGGUUAUUGGAGUACUUGGCUGAAAAGGAAAAGUUAAGAAAUUUACUGAUCCAAGAAAGAAUGAUGAUGAACGUUUUGCCAACUUCUCUGUCACAUGCAAUCGAAGACUCAAGCCAGGAAACAACGGAGAUGAGUAUUGUUUCAAACUCCAAUGCAAUAGCAUCAUCAUCGAGCAAUGCAAAUAGUCAGAGUAUUCUUCAUGAUGUUGUUCAUGCCACUAGUCAGCAAAUACCACGACAAGAUAUACAAAAUUAUCUACAUGAAGCUGUAGGAAAAACGUUUGAUAUCAUGCUAAUGGGUUCACCUAGAGUUGGAAAAAGUACACUGAUCAAUGCCAUUCUACAGAAAGAUGUGGCUCAAACACAUGCUGGACGUAAUGCAUGUACGAAAGAGUUUAGUUAUUAUGAGUACGAAGAAUCUUAUAUUACAGAAACCGAAGAAAACACGACAAAAACAUCAACGAGUUCGAUUCGAAUUUGGGAUUCACCGGGUAUUGAAGAUUGGACAAUAUUAGAUGUCAAAGAAUAUGUACAAGAUUUAAUUAACAAAAAAAAUCCAGUUUGUCUCAUUUUUUGUGCAUCACCAGGUACCUAUGUUGAACUUGAACAACUCAAAGGUAUCGUUGAAGCAUGCAAAAAUUUGAAAGUAUUCAUUGCAAUGGUUGUAACAAACAUGUAUGCAUCAGAUGAAGCAGAUAUCAUUUUGAAAAUAUUUCAAGAUACACUGAUUCGUCAUCACGUACAAAAAAAAGUCGAAAAUAAUAUUUAUUAUUAUGGUCCCAUUGGUCUUUGUACACAAGUCAAUUCGAUUGAUUACAUAGUAGACGAUAUUAGAAAAAAGCCGGAAGGUAUCGAUGAAUUAAUGUUAGGCAUUAUGAAUUCAUUAAGCGAUGAAAAACUAUUGCAAUGGUGUUUUGCGAUACAAAACAAUGCUCCAUUCUGGGCUAGAGCACAAAGGCAAAUUUGGAAAUUUUAUUCUUCUGUCAAACGUUUACUUCAUUAUUAA